AUGCGAAAGCAUCGCAUUUUAUCGGAGGAAUGGGAUGAAACAGUCGAGAAGAUUCGUAAGAUCGAUGGGUCUGAGAAUUUUUUGCAAGCUCCUCAAUUCAAACAACUUCAAGCAGCUGCGGUCGAGGGCCCUGUCAUAAUUGUAAACAUCAGCAGUUACCGCUGUGACGCUAUCAUCAUUCUCCAUCAUAGUCCACCCGUUCUCGUCCCGUUGCCCCAAGCUCGCUCUGAAACACUUCUUGACCAUGCCACCAAGCUUCAAUCCUCCAGAGAGAUUGUGGGAGUGUUACGGGAUAUUUGGCGUACAAUAGGGCACCCUGUGGUUGAGCGAUUGUCGGACAUUGGGAUUGCCCAAAAAUCGAGGAUCUGGUGGUGUCCAACGUCGGCGCUGUGUGCUCUUCCGCUCCACGCUGCUGGACCUUAUAGGCGUGGUGAAAGAAACCUGCCUGAUAUCUAUAUAUCUUCCUACACUCCGACACUAUCUGCAUUAAUCAGGGCGAGGUCGAAAAUAUCCAAAUCACAGGGAGUUCUGAAGCUGCUGGUGGUUGGUCAAUCAGGAAAGGACCUUCAUAGGGUCAAAAAUGAAGUCGAUGUAAUCAGGCGAUAUGAAGAUAGCGUAGAUGUUCUCAUGGAUUCCGAAGCAACCAGGAAUGCUGUUCUCAGCGGCAUUAUGGACCACUCCCGGGUUCACCUGGCUUGUCAUGGUCACUUGGGAGACGACAAUCAGCCAUUCAGAUCAUCAUUUGAGCUCUACAAUGAGCGACUCGAGCUUCUGGAGUUGAUUCAGGCAAACUACCUAAUGCCGAGUUCGCAUUUCUUUCAGCGUGCCACAGUGCAGCUGGAGAUGCUCGAACACCAGAUGAAAGCAUUCACUUAUCCGCGGCAUUGCAAUUUUGUGGAUUCCGAAGUGUUGUGGGAACAUUGUGGGAAAUGCAUGAUGAAGAUGGACCCACCAUUGCGAAGCAUUUCUAUGACUACAUAUUUUCUAAUGGAUCAACUGCCAAUUUUAAGGAAUCCGCUCAGGCAUUAA